CUGAAGGUGGCGCCGCCUUGCUAGCCGCGCGCAGUAGAGCCCGCCCCUGCGCGCCGGCCGCGCCAUACCCCGCGCGCCGGCCGCGCGCACCCCGCGGGCUGCGCAGGAUGGGCAAGAAGAUCGUCAAUGCCACAAUUGCUCUCUCUGGCUUGUCCAUCUUUGCUGGGCUGAUAGCUCUGUGCUUGCCUAUGCAUUCGCUGUGGUUCUUCGUUGGACCGGUGCCCUUCUUCAAAGUGGAGACGCACGCGCUGUCAGUGGAAGUGACGUGCACCUUGCCUUUCUGCGGGGAGCUGGCGGACAGUGCAAGUUUGGAGGACUUCGCGCAGCGAUCGUGCGCCCCAACGAUCCAGCAGGUGGUUGAUAACCUUUGCGAUGGUGCCCACCAUGCGUACAUGGUCGGCCUGAUGCUCGCCAUUGUCUUCUGCAUGAACGUUAUGUUGCAAGGCGCGGCCGUGUAUUCGUUCAACUACUACAUGACGUCGUCGAUGCGGAAGAAGUACAGGAAGCUGGGGGUGAUUCUGCAGUGCAUUGGCAUAUUCUUCGUGGUCGCGGUGCUCGGCAUCUACUACGCAAUGGUCAUAAUAUACUUGAGCGGCGUCAAACUGAAGCCAUUAGCUUGCGUCUUGCCGCUUCUCAUACAUCACUAUGCUUAUGUCGUCUUACCUUUUGCAUGCGCACUUGCUCUCCGUUCUGCUGCAGUGGCGCGUUCGUUCGUUCAAGACGGUCCACGUUCCGUGCCUGCCCGUUCUGGCCUUCGCCGGAAGAGUCGAAUAUAGCCCCAAGACGGGGUGGAGACAUGCCCAACGCAGUGAACGACGGUCCCGCAGGUGUGUUUAAUACUCUUUCCUAGGUUCAAUGCUCCUCCAUUCCAUCGCCGAUUGGUCCGUCAUCUGUACCACUUGCCCUAUGGAUCUUUGGCACGUGUCCAUGGCAGGAGGCCGAAAACAGUCAGAAGGCGGG